AUGAGAGCCGGGCUAUUCUUUUCCUCUGAGUAUUUCACGAGCAUAGAAGGGUCAACGAUGAGUACACGCAUCUUUGAAUACGCAUGUUUCGAACCGAUCAACAAUAUGGAUCGCAUCAAUGACCUGCUGUAUGAGAGCAACCAACUGCGUAACAAGCUCGUAGAGAUCGAACACUCGCGGCGAGAACAACUCGACAAGCGAAUCAUGGAAGAGUUUCCAGAAAUUCGAUCCAUCCAGAGUGAGAUCGACAAGACAACUAGCAAGAUCGAGGAUUUGCAAGAGCUUCUGAAAACCCAAAGGAAGAAGCUGCGUAAGCGCAUUCAAUCGACGAAAGCCUCAGAAGAGAUCAAACGCUUGAAGAAGAUCAGGUCUGAUCUUUACUCGGUGCUCAAGGAAGCUAAGAAAUCCGCAGACCUGAAAAGCAUCUACGAUGAAGUCGGUAAAACAGCAACUGACCAAGUCAAGGCGGCCUACCAAGGAAAGUGGUGGGGUAUGUAUCUCCCAGUCCUGGAGGGGAUGAAGAAGUGUCGCCAAGGCGCGCCGCCAAAGUUUCGUGGUUACCUGGGCGAGGGUAAGAUCGGGAACCAAAUCCAAGGCGGAAUGUCAGUAGAAGAACUUGUCGCCGGCAAUAAUACCCAAUUACAGAUGGUGAUUGAUGACCCAUUCGCCAAGAAGGUUAAGGCAACCCUACUAUUCAGGAUCGGGAGUGACCAACGAAAACCCGUCUGGACGGCCCUCCGUGUUCAUUUUCACCGUCCAUUACCAGCCGACUGUCGAAUCAAGCAGUCUUACUUGAUUCGUCGGAAGGUGGGAACAAAGUCGAAGUGGUUCAUCCAGUUUGUAGUAACCAACGCGGGUUCAAAGCCUUGUGCUACAGAUGGUACAGUCGGGAUCGAUGUUGGUUGGAGAAUGACCGAUCGUGGCUUGCGUGUUGCCUUUGCUGUUGGUUCAGAUGGCUUUGAAGAUGAAUUGAUUCUGGACCAUUCGGUCCUUCAACGAUUCCAACUGAUCGAACAUCUUCAAGAACUGAUCGACAGGCAAUUCAACUUGGCCAAAGAUCGCGUGAAAUGGCUGCGACAGCACGCCCCCGAGUGGCUGAAAGAAGCGACGAAGCAUUACCACACUUGGCGGGCACCUCGAAAACUGGCAAAAGUAAUCCAUCAAUGGCGGCAGAACCGCUUCGAAGGUGAUGAAUUCAUUUUCAUGCUGCUGGAAGGCUGGAGGAAACAAGACAAGCAUUUGUUCGAAUGGAUGUCUAACGAGCGUGAAAGUCUGAUCAAACAUCGUAAUGAGAUUUACCGACGCUGGGUUAAGAAGCUCUCCAGAAGAUAUGCGAUCGUGGGUGUAGAGGAUUUCGAUCUUCGUGACGUCGCAAAACGACCCGACACGGAAGACGACGGAGAAGCACAACAAGCCCGAUUCCAACGCCACAUUGCUGCAAUCUCUGAAUUGAGAAAGUUCCUCGGUGUUGAUUUGCUGCCCGAUGGCCUCGGCCGCUUCGAAGAGCCUAGCUCGGGAGGCUUCGUUACCCGUGUGGGUGAAGAGCCUAGCUCGGGAGGCUUCGUUACCCGUGACUGCGCGUUGAUCGCUCCCGAACACAGCAAGCCGGAUCGGAAGAGCCUAGCUCGGGAGGCUUCGUUACCCGUGACGGAGCUAGGUAAGGGCCGCAUGGGCAACCUAGCAGUGAAGAGCCUAGCUCGGGAGGCUUCGUUACCCGUGACAUCAGCGACAGACCGGUAUCGCCCAUGCGUGUGGACGAAGAGCCUAGCUCGGGAGGCUUCGUUACCCGUGACGCAAGCUUCGUUACCCGUGACCAGUAAUGCCCAAAAGUUUGCCCUGGCCCGAGAUCGCGAAGCAAUCGACGAACUGUGUAAGCAUCGGCUGAACAUCCUGGCCUACCCGAUGGGGUUUGGGGCACCAGGUGUGAUGAUGCGGAGCAUCAUGCGGAAGCUGGAGGAACACCCUGAGCUUCGGUGCUUGUUGGUGGUUCCACGAGCAUUCCAUAAGGUCGCCUUUGACAGACCCAAUGUGCCGGCCGGUUGGGAGGCGCAAUACUCACUACUCGGUUCGGAUAGAUGUCAGCGAGUAUCGGAGUUUCUAACCCGGUCGGUUGGCGAUGACUUUUACCGUCGAAUCAUGGUCUGUGGUUCAUGGACCCUGAAACUGGUCCACGAACAGUUAUCCGAGGGCCACGAGUUCAGUGACUUGCUGCUGUGGUUGUACCUGCCCGUUGGCAACAACUGCUUGGGAGCCAUUGAGACUUGUGACUCGCUUGAUUCCCAUGUGUCCAUCACAACACCCGGUCCAUUCCCGUUAUUGAUGCGAACCAUUCUACUGAAACAGUUCCAUGUCGUGCCGGCCAUUAUGGAGCCCGCCGUAUGA